AUGGUUUUUAUAUGUGAUUUGUUAGAAUCUAGAUUAAAUACUUUCAACCUAGCAGUUCAACAUGAUCCUAGUAAAGUUGAAUACCUUCUUACUUGUAUGUAUGGCUAUGCCAACUAUAAUAAGAAGAAAGAGCAUUGGGAAUUUAUUCAUCAAAUUUGUGAAAACCAUUCUGGACCAUGGAUUCUUAUUGGAGAUCUAAACUUUCAUCUUAUAGAUACCAAUAACAACACUACCUCUUCUGUUGAUGGUCUUGUUAACAAUAUUGUUCAAUCUUGUGGUCUUGAAGAUUUAGGAUUUGUUGGGAAAGAUUACACAUGGUCUAGAAACAAUUUAGGGACUGGCAUUAGAAGAUCCAGGAUAGACAUGACUUUAGGAAAUGUUGAAUGGAAUAACAACUAUCCAAAUUCCAAACUUAUGCAUCUAAACCAAAUUGGUAGUGAUCAUAGUCCUAUCUUGUUUCUUACUAAUUCUCAUGAUUCUGCUUGUUGGAAGCCUUUUAAAUUCUUUCUAACUUGGUUAGAAGAUGAAACCUGUUCUUCUGUAAUUGAAGAGGCUUGUAACAUUGAUAUUACUGGUUCACCUGGUAAAGAAGUUUCAAUCAGCUAG